AUGGCAACCCAAUUAGAAAACGCCCUACUGGAAGCCAUUAACCUAGACAAUACUCAGAAGUUCAGAUCCCUUACAUACGGCAAACCAGGCACACUUAAAGUACAAGAAAAAUACCUUACGCAAAUCACAGCUUUAUUAGACGCACCUGGUUGCUGUGCAUUAGCUAUUGCAAUGGGUGCACCAGUUAACUUAGAUGGAGAUGUUAUGGCUCCUCUUAACUGCUCAUCUUAUGUCGGAAGUAUGGAAACAGCUGUAUUAUUAAUCGAAGCCGGAGCGCGUCUUAAUCACAUCUAUAAGGGAGAAACACCUGCUAUGCUUGCUGUUAGAUAUUCAACUCUUGAUCAUGUUAACCUUCUCCUUGGCGCUGGUGCCAAUCCAGUCCCAAUUGAAUAUGCAGCUGAGUAUGCUACGGAUCCAAACAUGCUGCUUCCAUUUAUGACAAAUGGUAUGCUUGAUGAUGCCCUUGAAGCUGCCGUUUAUGCAGGAAAGCUUGACAAUGUGAUCUCAUUAAUUCAACAUGGUGCAAAACCGAGCAAUAUGUCUCUUCUUACUGCGUGCUGCUUUAACUUUGCAGGAAUUGUAAGAAUGCUUAUCGAUUAUGGUGUUAAAGCGGAUGACAUCGCAAUGCAAACUUGCAUUUACUGGAACUCCAUUCAGGCAAUGGAUGUUUUGAUUGAAAAAGGUGUUCCAGUCCUUCCAUUUGAUGUUCAUUAUGCAAUUUUGCAUAAUAAACCAAUCUCAUUAAGAAGACUUCUCAAAGAAAAGAUUGAUUUAGAAGCCGAAAUUGGUGGAACAUACGCCAUUCAUACUGCUGUUCGCCAUGGCCGUAUUGACUGCCUUAAUAUCUUAUUAGAAAAAGGCGCCAAGAUAAACGGUGCAGAUUCUCUCGGAUGUACACCACUUCACUGGGCUGCUCUUAGACGCAAAUCUCAAGCCAUGUCAAUUCUUCUUGAUCAUGGCGCGAUUGUCAAUAUUGAUGAUCCGAAAGUAUUCCUGCCACAAAUACUCGAACCAGAUAUCGGAUGGACUGCACUUCAUGUUUCAGUCGAAGGACCUGGUUAUGAUACGGUUCGAAUGUUACUUGAUAAUGGCGCCACCCAAAAUAAGAAAUGGGAUGGCCGUACACCACUUCACACAGCUUUGCUUGUCAAGAGAGAAGAUCUCAUUCCAUUACUUAUCCAGCAUGGUGCAGACCUAAAUGCAACAGAUGUUACUCACCAAACACCAGUCGAAUAUGCUUUAUCAUCAGGAAGAGAAUACAUGGCAGCUAUCAUCAGGAAAUGCGCAACAGCCGAUUAUGCAGCUGCAAACGCUGCUCAUGGCCAAUUCGCCACAACGAAUGCCACAGAAGAUGAACAAGUUGAAUACUACGAAGACACAGGAGGCAAGAGAAAGAAGAAGAGACCAUCAAAUGCUAUUACAGAAGAUCAAGUUGAAGACGAUAAAGCAGAUACCAUUUUACAAGAACUCAGGACUGGCGAACUUAUUACAGAAAUCAGCGCUGCUCCUGAAGAUGAUCAAGCUUUCAUGGCUCAGUUAGAAGAAAUGAAGAACGCUCAAGAAGGACAAACAACAGAAGUAUUCCAGAGAGAUGAACCAGAAGAUGAAAAGAAGAAGAAGAAGAUUGAAGAAGACGAAGACCUUGCAGAACUUCAGGCACAAAUGGGAUCUGAUUCUGGUGAUGAAGAUGUCGCAGCUCUUAUGGCUGAUCUCGAAAUCCAGGCAGCACAGAAUAUUGACGGAGAUGAUGAUGAAGAUAUGGACAAACUUAUGGCUGAUCUUGCAGCUGAUGUCGACGAUGACGAUGAUGAAGAUCUCGAUAAACUUAUGAGCCAAAUGGUAGACGACGAUGAUGAGUAA